ACGUGAUGACCAUCAAAGCUGUGGGGGAUUUCGGCUUGCGCAGUAUAAAUGAUGGGGUGCUGGUCACUCAGCCAGCACUGGACUCCUCUCUCUUUCCUCAGCUGCAUUUCUCUCCCUGUCUCUCUGUCUGAGAAACCUUCUGCUAGAAUGAGGGUCCUGUUUACUGCGCUGCUGCUCUGCUCUCUCCAGCUGGUGUACAGUGGUACUAGUGGCACUGACAACAGCAGUGACUGCUGUUUUAAGCUCAUUAAAAUAAAGAUCCCCCUGCCACGUAUUACAUCCUACUGGUGGACCAGCAGCAGCUGCCUCAAAAAAGCCGUUGUCUUUCAGACAGUUAAGGCCAAGUUCUGUGUGGAUCCAACGGCCUCUUGGGUUGACGGUCACCUGAAAACACUGGACAAGCAGUUACCCCGCCCCCCUGCAGCACCAAACUGACCAUCUUCAAAACCCUGAAGCUCACCUCACUGACCACAUGAAGACAAUACAGUAGCAUGUACAGUUGAAUAUUUAUUUUUGCGCACAUUGUAUAU